AUGGACAAUGGCAGACUACAGAAAGAACAGGCUGCAAAAUUUAAGCAGAUUGUCAGCCAACGGAAAGCGUCAAAUCGAAAGGAAAAGCAACCUCGGGAAGCGCGUUCGUCGCUGGAUUGUAACCAGAGUCUGGGGCCAGUAUCGACUGAAGACGUGCCACCACACAUAGCAUCGUCAUCCACUUCCGUGCCGCUCCCCUUUAACGAUUACAAUGAUAUCGGGGGCCAUGGCCCGUUUUUUGAUACAAUUUUGAGUUCCUUUAUGGACCCGACAUGGGGCGCUCUGCCCAACUAUGACUAUGUAGCUACUGCAUCCCAGUCCCUUGUGAACGAAGAACAUCACCAACACCCAUCUGCAUUUUUCAGGAACAUGGACUCAACGCAAAGCUCAUUAUCGCCCGGAUCGUCUGGAGAUUUAUCAUGGCUUGCCCCCGACAUGAUGGGUGUGCAUGACGUAAAGGCUGUGCGGAAUGCAAUCGUGCAACAAGACGAGAUGGGAUAUGCCACGAAUGGACGGUCCCUCUCAAUGGUGGAUGAAUGGGCAUGGGACUCCUCUUCAAAUGGUAACGGCUUCCCCAGUCAGGUCGGUGUGAGUGACUAUGCUGCCGGAAAGCCCACUGCUCCAGGAGAUUUUGUGGCUUCUGGAAAUGACCAAAAACAUAGGGCCCCGCCAGAGGCUCUGAUUGAGCCAGUCCGACAAAGAGGAGCAGAGGACACGUUAUUUAUGCACUAUCUGGAUCGGGUAUUCUACAUCCAGUUCCCAUUUUACCUCUCCCGAAACCUACGAGGAAGAGCCUGCCUGUUCUCGAUUAUAAGGAUGGUCAAGCCCGCUUAUCUGGCCACUCUGGCCCUCGGUGAACGAGACCUUCUCUCUGUCCAUCCGCAACAGGGCGAUGUCACUACCAGCCUGACUCAACUGCGCGCCAAGGGCGGGUACCACGACCUGGCAGCUCAAGGAACACAGCGCUUGCUGCAAGAAUCACAUACAUGGAAUAGAAGUGCUCAUAUGGUUCACAAUAUCGAGUCUCUCGCGUCCAUCCUUCAGCUCUUGUUCUGGGAGGUCCUUCUUCGUGAAGCCGCUCGCCUGAUCCCCGGCCUUCUAGAGGCGCGAACACCGCUGAAACCAAAACCGGCCGGUUCUGACCACACAAACCCUCCACACCACAUAGAAACACUCUCUCCCGACGAUCAUUGCGCGACUGGUGUCUUGCUUGGCUCCUUUAUAUCGCUUGAUAUCAUCGCCUCCGCCUCCACGCGGCGGCCCCCCUUUCUGAAUAUUGACCACGCACAGGUGUUGCGUAACCCCUGCAUAUCAUUGGAAAGUAUCAUCGGCUGUAGCAACUCAGUCAUGGCCCUGAUCUUCGAGAUCUCCUCGCUGGACAGGUGGAAGGAAGAGUCGCAGGCGAUCCGCAAGCUAAGCAUUAUCGACCUGGCGGAGCGUGGACGCCAGAUCGAGGAACGCCUUCGACAGGAACUUGCGGACAUGGACACUUUGCCGGAAACUAGCCCAUCGUUGUUAAAUCGCUCAAAAGUGCUCUCGGUCCCCGCCGACCCCGACGUUAACAGGCUUUUUGCCCUCUCAGCACUAAUCUAUCUCCAUGUUGUGAUCUCCGGGGCACACCCGGAGCUACCGGAGAUCGCAGAUGCGGUCUCACAAGUUAUCGCUGUUUUCAAGCGCCUGUGGGACCCAAGACUGCUACAAAGCGUAUUAGUCUGGCCAUUUUGCGUGGCUGGCUGUCUAGCCCUGGAGGAACAGCAGAACUUCUUUUGUGCCCUUUUCUCGGCAUCAGAGAUUACAGAAUCGACGGUUGGGACGUGUUUCGAAGCGUUUAGAAUCAUGGAGAAGUGUUGGGAAGCCAGAAGGUCAGGCCCCUUUAAUUGCGAUUGGGCUUCAAUAAUGAAACAGCAGGGUUAUUAUGUUUUGCUCAGAUAG